AUGAAUCUGUUCGAUGAUAGUGAUGACGAUGAUAUGUUUGUCUCUAUGAUGUACGAGUAUUGCACGAACGUGCUACUACAACCAAAUCCAGCUCCUAUAUUAGCCAGGCAUGCAACGUUAAAUAGAGAUCACGAAGAAGGGCACAUACAUUUAGUUCAUGAUUAUUUUGCAGAUGAUUGUGUCUACCAGCCACGCGAUUUCAAAAGAAGGUUUCGUUUGCGGAAAAAUGUUUUUGUUCGGAUAGCCAACGCCUUGGAAAACAGGUAUGAAUUUUUCCAAACGAGAGAUGCUAGACGUAAGCGAGGAUUCACAGGGUUGCAGAAAUGUGUUGCUGCAAUUAAGCUUAUGGAAAUGAGAGAGUCGCCUCAUUCGAUUGACGAUUAUAUGAGAAUGUCUAAGAGAACUGCAAGAGAAAGUUUGUAUAGAUUGGUGAGGGGUGUUGUCGAAACCUUCGGUGACGUUUAUUUGCGCAAACCUUCGUUGAAUGAUAUACAACAACUAUAUGCGACGCAUGAAGAAAGACAUGACUUUCCGGGUAUGCUAGGAAACAUUGAUUGCACACAUUGGGACCGGAGAAAUUGUCCCGUGGCGUGGAAAGGCCAAUACGCAAGUGGUCAGCAUGGAACACCUUUGUUGUCACCAAUAUUCGACGAUAUUUCGUCAAGAAAGGCACCAGAUGCUCCUUUCACAGUGAAUGUAAAUGAGUAUAAGUUUGGGUAUUACCUUACGGAUGAAAUAUAUCCAGCAUAUUCCACAUUCGUGAAGACGUCUCGACACCCAGUAACAUCAAGAGAAAAAUUGUUCAAGAGAAAACAAAAAGGAGCACGUAAGGAUGUGAAACGUGCUUUUGGAGUUCUGAAGUCGAAAUGA